UGCACCAUGUUCGACCAUACUCAGUACCCAUAUAAUUGCUUUAACUAUGAUGGAGAUGAGUAUCCAACCUGCAGCUCGGAUGAGGAAAAGAAGUGUACCAGGCCGGCCUAUAGUUACAUUGCGCUGAUCGCCAUGGCCAUCCAACAGAGUCCUGACAGCAAAGUUACCCUGUCCGGUAUAUAUGACUUUAUCAUGAAGAAAUUCCCUUACUACAGAUCAAACCAAAGAGCCUGGCAAAACUCCAUAAGACACAACUUGUCGCUCAACAGCUGCUUUGUGAAGGUUCCAAGAACAGAAGGAAAUGACAAGGGGAAAGGAAACUAUUGGUCUUUUGCUUUGGGCUGCGAGUCGAUGCUUGACCUUUUUGAAAACGGGAACUAUAAAAGAAGACGGAGGAGACGAAAUAUAAAAAAAUCCCAGAAAGAUAGAAAACAAAGCCUGGCUAGACACCAUCACUCUGGAGAAUUUUCCUUGAUGGGGUCUUCAGAACAAAUGGCGACUGGCCAAGAAAACAGAACUGAACCAAGAACCAGACCGGUGAACACCGACAUCAGGUUCUCUGGCAACAAACAGAGUCAGACAAGCUCAGGCCUUGGCAAAACAGAAGAGAUCAAAUUUAGUAUUGAUUAUAUUUUAUCAUCUCCAGACCCUUUACCGAUCUUGAGACCACAACAUAAUAUCCUUGAGAACAAAUUCCAUCUUUUGGACUCACAGUCGGGGAAUUUCCACCUCUGGAGUCUAUGACAUUUGACGAAACCUUAUCAAGUAAAUAUUUGGGACUGAACACUUCAAUAACUCCAUUUGGUUUAUUGAUUCAUUCACAUUUAAAUGAAGUUGCAUUGGGGUAUAAAAAAAAAUCACAAACAAGCAUAAAAAGGGCUAAGAAUGAUAAAGUAGUACAUAGAAAGAAGUCGAAUGCCAAACUUUGUGACAACAUAGGUUGAUGGAUGCAUACUUUCUUGAAAACUAAAAACACCAACUAUCCUGUAAGUUCUACAUUUUUACAAGGGUCAAGUUAUUGACCCUCUAGAUGUGGUACACAUUCAUAGUGGGAGGACCAGGCUCUGUUCCUAAGUUUUGCUCUUAGCAGCUAUUGGCUGUUGAAGGUACUUUAGCCAUGUUGACCAUGAGGGCCAAGUUUACACAGGGUGGUUUAGAGGUACCUCUAAUCAUGCUCCUGGUGGAACAUUGUGUAAGAAAAUAUUAACCCAUGACUUGCUUGCAGACUAUUUUGUCAGGAGACAGAGUUGCUAGUGAAAGACUUGUUUGGGACUUCUGGCAACUCCCUCUCCAAAUUGCCAUCGUCGGCAUGCAAGUCAUGGGCUCAGAAGUGGCCCCCAUAUUUUUGGACAUAUUCUGCCGCCAGGAUCAUAAUUAGUUUGAGUUUGUAGAUCCUAAAAGGAAGAAAAGUAUGAAGGAAGGAUAAGACCUCAUGCAUUUGGCCAUAUGACUCUUUAUAUAGCGUGGUAAAAGGGUCCCUACUGUUUAUUGUACACCCACUCGUCUCCUACUGAAAGUUAAUUUCGGCCAACAUUUUUGUGAAUAUAACCAAACCAUAGGAAAAACCUGCACUCUUUAUCGCAUGUGGUGCAAUUGCUUCCAUAGGAGAACAUCAUUGUAAUAUACUGUUGUACAGAUAUAUAAUGUUGCACCAGAUGGCUGAAUACAGAGUGACUCCUCCUACAGUCAGGUUCAUUUGAAUGAGGCCUUUAUACUUCUUUUCCUAAAUCCACUCCCAGAAAAAAAAUCAAAAACAGCACUGUGUGAUUCUAGCCAAAAGAUGAUUAAGUUUGUAAUCCAUUUGCUCUGUUUGGUUCAAUACUAUGCAGUAUAAUUGGUAAAGUAUCUUACAAACUAAUGUCUCUGCAAUGCCAUCAAGGCGAAAAUGUUUUCUGCUCAAUCUACUAUGGACCACUUGGCUUCCUCCAUGUCAUAAAAGGCACAAGAAAGCUUAAGCACCUAUACAGAGAUAAGACCCAAACAACUCAUCAGUAAAAAUAGUCUCUCCACCAGGAGUAAAAAAGGAUAAAGGCGUUCCCCAAUUCCUCACGCAGUCAUUCAAUAGAGAAACCUUUUCUUAUCUGACAUAUGGUAAACAGAUACAACAGAUAUCUUUUUAGUUUGACGUCAUUGGGAAUAUAAGGAACUACUGGGCUCUAGGCUUCAUCAGAAAUCCUGUUUUUAGGCAGAUUUUAUACUACAGUGUGCAUGCUUGGCAAAACAUUGAAUCUCUGCCCAAGGACCACCUAGGAAUGCCCCUCAAAACAUCCUUUUUAUGCAGUCCUUUCCCUUUUACAUUGCAUGUGGCUCUUUAAAGGGAAACUGACAGCUGGCCCAAUACACAGGGUUAUAGUGCGGGUAAAGUUAUGCAUCACUUGUCAGAGAUUUAGCCCCAAUUGCUAAUAUGUUAAUGCCAUCCUUUGCGCAAUGGAGGAGGGAGCAAACUUUCUGAGCCCCUCUGCCUUUGUCCUUCUUGUUCAGAUAUGACCUCCCAUCUCUUAAAUUGGCAUAUAUCUUCCCUUUCACGUCCUAAUAACAUGAGAGUCUAUGAUCACGUGACCGCUCUCCAAUUGUAGCAGUGCCCAGGUGCCGCUCCCUCGCUACACCUGACUUUUAGCGGGGGAGCGGCACAUGCUCUUUGCUAGAAUAGGAGAGAGGUUACAUGGUCAUAGCCUCUAAAUUUAUGCCAAUUUAAGAGAAGU